GAGCAUGUGACACUGUAAGAGCCUGUAAGAUCCACUGUGUGUUUCUGUUUUUUCUAAUAAUCCAUGACGAGCCUCUCCUGACCAAACCCCGUCAUCAUCAUCAACAACACACACACACAAACAACACUGGACAAGAGACAAUGGCGAGCAGACGGGCCUCGGUGUGCUCCACCUCCUCGGCGGCGGGUCUGGAGGCCUGGUUCCCCGCGCCCGGUGGCGGCGUUAGCGCCGAGGAUGAUCCGGAGCUGCGGCUUCUGAGGGAGCGUCUGCGCGGCUGGCUGUCGCAGUGUGAGCCCGCGGUGAGCUGUGCUCAGCGGCUGCUGGUGUGGGAGAGGCCGCUGCACAGCAUCAUCGCCGCGCUCACGCUCAACACGCUGUUCUGGCUCCUGACGUCCACAUCUUUGAGACCCCUGUUCCUCCUGAGCGUGUCUCUCAUCGGACUGACUUUACUGGAGAGAUGGAAAGACAAGCUUCCACAGAUCACUGUGUGGCAUCCAGAGGAGCCUGUCAUUGAGCGAGAAACACUAAGUGAGCAGCCGCGUCUGUUAAGCAUGGAGGAACUCAGCCAUCACCUCGCCGAGAGUUUCCUCACCUUCAGCCUUUACAUCCAAGAAAUGCUUCAGUACAAACGGCAAAACCACGGCAAGUUCUGCAUCAUGAUGUGUUCGGGAUGUUUAAUGCUGGCCAUGGUUGGACAUUACAUUCCCGGGAUUAUGAUCUCCUACAUCAUAUUGCUGAGUGUGCUGCUGUGGCCGCUGGUGGUCUACCAUGAGCUCAUCCAGAAAAUGUACACCGGACUGGAGCCCAUACUGAUGAAACUCGACUACAGCAUGAAAGGAGACACACAAUGCCGCAAAUACGACAAGAGAAAGCUGAGGAAGGAGCAGGAAGAGGGUGAUGAGCCGAGGGCAGAGACGGAGAGCGAGAGUGAGGAGGAGCUUUCCUGCUUCGCUCCCACUGUGGAUGUGAAGACCACGGCUCUGGCGAUGGCCAUCACAGACUCAGAGCUGUCGGAUGAGGAGGCGUCUAUACUGGAGAGUGGAGGUUUCUCUGUGUCCAGAGCCACGACACCACAGCUCACAGACGUCUCUGAGGCAGACCUGGAUCAGCAGAGCGUGCACAGUGAACCGGAGGAGGCGUUCACGAGAGACCUAGCCGAGUUCCCGUCAGUGGACGAGAUGCCUUCUAUUGAGCCGGGUCUGUUCCGUUUCCCGCUGGGCGUCCUGGGCUCAUCUGGAUCUGAGCUCCAGGAGGAAGCCCUGUCUCCAGCCAGCCUCCUCAUCCAGCACUUAGCAUCUCCGCUCCACUUUGUCAACACGCACUUCAACGGACAUGGACAAGCAGCGGGGGCAGUCCAAAGCAUUGUGGGUACUGCGAAAGAGGGAAGGGCACUGGAACCCGCUAGGUCCCUGGAAGCACUUAGCGAGGAGAUAGUGACCACGGCCAUCUCUACCGUAGUACAGAACACUCUCUCAGCCCUGUUGAGGUCUACGGAGGCCAACGAAGGCUCAUCCAUGGCUUCGUUCCUUCCCACCGAAACGCCUCCUUGCCCGAUGGAAUCGCCCCUCGCGUCGCCGUCCGCCCAAGAAGCCGGCGAACAGGACGAGGAUGAGGACGCCGACGUCACCGAAGCGAGCACCGAAGAGCAGCCGGAUGUCACACUCGUGCCCACGGAAGAAGAGGACUUUGAGCUACUGGACCAAAGCGAACUGGAACAGAUGGAUGAGGUGUUGGGCCUGGGUGUUGAUGGACAGGAAGUGGGCGGGGCUUCCGAAGACACGCCCCCAAGCAGUCAGCAGCGCACGGACCAGCAGGAGUCCUAGCUUCCCGUCACCUAAACUGUUUGUUUUAUUUAUAGUCCAUGUAGAUACUAUAUACUGACACAUAUGAUUUGUGAAAGGGAAUGUCGCAGUCAACUAUGCCUUUUUUGUUGUUUUCGGGAGUGAGAUCACUGUGAUCGUUGGU